AUUAAUCUAGAAAAUAAAUAUUUUGAGUGACAUACAUUUCGUGUGUGCCAACUGUGAAAAAUGAACCACUUGCUCGCCAGAUCACUCAUGCGGCGCGCGCUAGCCGGCGGUAACUGCCGCUGCUACGUGGCGACUGCGUCGGGGAGGCCUUUGCUUUCGCAGGUUGAAGGUUUGAGCGCGGUGUUGGUAGGCUGGAGGCGGAUGAUGAGUUCGGCUGCGGAGCCUACAUCGUCGCCGCCUUCAUCUUCUGUGGAGAACACCGAGUUGCCGGCGGAGAAAGGUAGCGUGGUGGUUUCGAGCUAUUGGGGAAUUUCGAGACCUAAGAUUACGAGGGAGGAUGGCACAGAGUGGCCAUGGAACUGUUUCAUGGAGCAAUUCUCAGGUCCUGGAGAUUUCGCACCACUUCACCAACCAUGGGAAACUUAUGCAGCAGACUUAUCAAUUGAUCUCCACAAGCACCACGUUCCAAGGACAUUCAUUGACAAAGUAGCAUAUCGGACUGUGAAGCUUCUGAGAAUCCCUACGGAUAUGUUUUUCAAGAGGCGGUAUGGGUGUCGUGCAAUGAUGCUGGAAACAGUGGCUGCUGUACCUGGUAUGGUGGGAGGAAUGCUGUUGCAUCUUAGGUCUCUGCGUAAGUUCCAGCAAAGUGGGGGGUGGAUCAAAGCAUUGCUUGAGGAAGCCGAGAAUGAGAGGAUGCACCUGAUGACGAUGGUGGAACUUGUGAAGCCCAAGUGGUACGAGCGGCUGCUGGUCCUCACUGUUCAGGGCGUCUUCUUCAAUGGAUUCUUCAUAAUCUACUUAAUGUCACCUAAAAUGGCCCACAGGAUUGUGGGUUAUCUAGAGGAAGAGGCCAUACAUUCGUACACCGAGUACUUGAAGGAUAUCGAGAGUGGUGCAAUAGAGAAUGUUGCAGCACCUGCCAUUGCAAUUGAUUACUGGAGACUUCCCAAAAAUGCAACGCUCAAGGAUGUUAUCACUGUCAUCCGCGCUGAUGAAGCUCACCACCGUGACGUCAACCAUUUUGCUUCCGAUAUUCAUCAUCAGGGGAAGGAGUUGAGGGAGGCACCAGCUCCUUUGGGAUAUCACUAAAUGUUAAUUCUCUCAUACUGAGAUAAAUAGAGUUCAAAAAAGUAGCUUACUGUCAUUAGUUAUAUAGCGAGUUUUUACUUAUGUUUGGCAUCUGGCUUCAUAAGAAGAAAUCGAAAUUAUUGGACGAGAAUUAGUUGCUCAUCACAUACAUGUAAGUAAUAUAAUUUCUAUAUCCAAUACUGUUGAUUAA